GAUCAGAGGAGGGGGUGCUGGACUCAGGGUGAGGCGCGGGCAAUGGCGCAGAGAACGGGAGAGGGUGCUCGGAGCAAAGUGCAUGGCGUGGGCAAAGGCGUGGUGGCGAGGACGCCUGGGUGCAGCGUCUCAAGAUGGCGGCGGCGGAGGCAGUGCACCACAUUCACCUGCAGAACUUCUCCCGAUCCCUGCUUGAGACGCUCAACGGGCAGCGGCUGGGUGGGCACUUCUGUGACGUGACUGUGCGCAUCCGCGAGGCUUCACUGCGUGCACACCGCUGCGUGUUGGCCGCCGGCUCGCCCUUCUUCCAGGACAAACUGCUGCUCGGCCACUCUGAGAUCCGCGUGCCGCCUGUGGUGCCCGCGCAGACGGUGCGCCAGCUCGUCGAGUUCCUCUACAGCGGCUCGCUCGUGGUGGCGCAGGGUGAAGCGCUGCAGGUGCUCACGGCCGCGUCGGUGCUGCGCAUCCAGACGGUCAUAGACGAAUGCACGCAAAUCAUAGCCCGCGCCCGCGCCCCUGCCCCGGGCACCCCCGCGCCCGCGCCCCUGCCCACGCCCGUGCCCCCGCCGCUCGCGCCCGCGCAGCUGCGCCACCGCCUGCGCCACUUGCUGGCCGCGCGCCCCCCGGGCCACCCCGGUGCCGCGCACACACGCAAGCAGCGCCAGCCCGCGCGCCUGCAGCUGCCCGCGCCCCCCGCGCCUGCCAAGGCGGAGGGAUCGGACGCCGACCCUGCCCUGACCGCUGCCCCAGACGACGGCGGGGACGACGACGACGACGAGACCGAUGAGGAGACCGACGGCGAGGAUGGCGAAGGCGGCGGCCCGGGUGAGGGCCAGGCGCCCCCUUCUUUCCCCGACUGCGCCGCCGGCUUCCUACCCGCGGCCGCGGACGGCGCGCGCGAGGAGCCGCCUGCGCCCGCCGGCCUCUCCGAUUACGGCGGCGCCGGGAGGGACUUCCUCCGGGGGACUUCGGCUGCCGAGGACGUGUUCCCCGACAGCUACGUCUCCGCUUGGCAAGACGGAGAUCAAACCGCCCCUGAAGGCUGUCCCGCCGAGACCCCUGCCCCGCCCGACUGUGUCCUAUCCGGACCCCGCCCACCUGGCGUGAAGACCCCCGGGCCGCCCGUCGCGCUUUUCCCCUUUCAUCUGGGCGCUCCCGGGCCGCCAGCGCAGCCCCCUCCCGCGCCCUCGGGGCCGGCCCCUGCGCCCCCACCCGCCUUCUACCCAGCGCUCCAGCCGGACGCAGCUCCCAGCGCGCCUCUAGGGGAGGCCCCGGCCCCACCGGCCGCUCCCAGCGCAGCCCCCUCGACCACCCCUGCGCGCGCCCCGGGUGCCGAGCCGCCCGCCUAUGAGUGCAGUCACUGCCACAAGACGUUCAGCUCCCGGAAGAACUACACCAAGCACAUGUUCAUCCACUCGGGGGAGAAGCCGCACCAGUGCGCCGUGUGCUGGCGGUCCUUCUCGCUGCGCGACUACCUGCUCAAGCACAUGGUCACGCACACGGGCGUGCGCGCCUUCCAGUGCGCCGUCUGCGCCAAGCGCUUCACGCAGAAGAGCUCACUCAACGUGCACAUGCGCACGCACCGGCCGGAGCGCGCGCCGUGCCCCGCCUGCGGCAAGGUCUUCUCGCACCGCGCGCUGCUGGAGCGCCACCUGGCCGCGCACCCUGCGCCCUGACCCGGGCCUGGGGCCUGGCCACGCCCACCGACGGAUCGGUCGAGCCCCACCGCUGUCACGCCUGCCGCGGCCACUUGACCACGUUCCCGCCACCAGCCCACGCUUUCUCCUGAGAGCAGGCCCUCCUCCUGCUUCCACCCUUCUCUCCAGCCCAGCCCGCCUUAUUCUAUUCCUCUCCUCCUAUGUACUCGGCCCUCCGGGUGGGGGCUGGCUGGGGAUGGUCAGGGACCCGACCACCUCUGAGAACUGGAUCGUCUCCAACCUGAACUAGGGCUCAGCCAUGGUGCGGGGCCCAGGAUUCAUGGCUCCGACUCUGGUUCACGCCCCUCCCCUCCCGUGAGUGGGGUGGGGUCUGCUCCCCUGCCCCUGUGUCAGGCCGGGAAAUGUCCCCGCCUCCCCGACCCGAGCUAAUCCUCCCUCAUCUGGCGCCUGGGGCGUCUCAGGUGGGCCCAUCAUGGACUGAGGCCUGGUCUUGGGACCCCUGCUCUGUAAUAAAGGACUGUGGGCCGUGGGGCCGAAACCCGGAA